UUGGUUUCCUGUGCAGAUAUUACUUUUAGCUAUCUUUUUUACUCUGAACAAUUACGAUUUAUGGAAUUUACUUUCAACUCAAAAUAUUUUAUAAGACAUCAAGUUUCAAAUUUGGAUUCCUCUUCUCAAGAAUUUUUAGAAUCUGUUCAUAAAUUAGUGGAUCUUCUUCAAAAAGUAAUAAAUUCCCCUUAUAAUGUAGUGAACUCCUAUCAAGGAUUAGCAAAUUCUUUUCAAGAAUUAAUGGACUCCUCUCAAGAAGUAUUAAGUGAUGAAAUGCAUGAUGAAAUGCAUGAUGAAAUGUUGCAUGAUAAAAUGUGUGAUGAAACGCGUAAUGGAAUAUAUGAUGAAGUGCAUGAUGAAGUGCAUGAUAAAAUGUAUGAAACCCAUAAAGGACAAGAUUUGGUUGGAAUUAAUGGCCCAUUACCUCAUAUUAACAAAGCAAUUGUAUUCACUAUUGAUGAUACCUUUCCUAACUGGUCAAUUGCAGAGCAUUAUGUUGCUGAAUAUGGCUGUCAAAAAGGAUUUGUACCAAUUAAGAUACGCAAUAAAACUGAUUGUUCUAAAAAACUUAACUAUGAUUGGAAAGUUAAUUUGUCAUUUGCAACUAGUGUAGUUCAUAUCACUCAUUUUAAUGAUAACCAUGUUGAGUAUCAACUUUCACCAGAUACCAAAAUUUUUGCUCCUGUAAAUCAUCAAUUCUCUGAUGAUUGUCGUGAAGAAAUUUGCUAUUUAGCAGUAAACGGUCGGUAUGACCUUUCGACAAUACGAUCUCUUCUAUCUGUUAAAUACCCCGAUCAGCUUUUCUUGACACAUGAUCUUGCAAAUGUUGUAGUAGAACAUAAUGUGGAAGGAAGUGAAGCAUCACAGCUUUUAAAACAGCUUUAUGAAUUUAGAAAAAAGGAUUCUAAUUGGUAUAUUGAACUCUUAGUUGAUUCUAUUAGCAAUUGUCUCCGUAGAAUUUUUUGGAUGAACCCGAGUCAACGUGAAAAAUGGAUUUGGUUUUGUGACAUAAUAGUUCAAGACAAUAUGAGAGUUGAAGAACUUAAUAAUCAUAUCAAAACUGCUAUAAAUAGUUCAUCAACUUUAUUGCAAACUGUUUUUCCACAAGUCAUUCAACAAAUAAAUAAGUAUUUAACACCAAAUCUAGCAACUGAGCAACAAAAGCAGAUAUCAUGGAAUUCUGAUUUAUUAAAUUUACAAGAUGUUAUCUAUAAUAAUGAUUUUAUUGAAAACACAUAUGAUGUUUUGCAAUCAUAUUUAUUGGCUUUAAUUAAAGAAAAUAAAUAUUCCUCUGUUAAAGAAGAAAAUAGCUUUCAAAAAUUUGUAGACAAGAAGCUUCAAUUUAACAAAUCAGUGAAUCUUGCAAAGAAGGCUAUUACGCUACAGAAUAGCGAAAAUAAUAAUGAAUUAGAUACUCUCUUGAAAAACUACAUUGAAAAAAAGAUUCUUCAACGUGAAAAAGAAACUAAAGAAAGAGAAAUGAGAAUUCUUAGAGAGAACCAUAGUUCAGAAAAUGUUUUAGCCAUAAAAACUGAUGAUAAUCAACUAAUUUCUAUUAAUAAUGUUGCUAAUUCUUUAAAUCAUAUUGGAAAAGAGGCUCCGAAAAAGAAUCAUAUUAAAGGUGCACAAGAAGAUUAUACACCAAAAAAAAAAGCUAAACCAGGUACAAGUACGAGACUAUGUUGA